GGCUGCGUGCGCAAUUCAGAAAGUUUGGGCUGAUCAGAUGCUGCCCCAGCGGCAGAGCGCUUGCUACGGCUUGUUGGCCGCUGCGGCAGCCGUGCCGCUUGCGCGGUAGGGAUCCCAGCGAGAGGCAUGCAGGUGGUCCCGGUGGAGGAGCAGCCCGCGCCGGUGUCGGGAGUGGUCGUGGGCGUGGUCACGGAGCAGCCCGGGGCCUCCGAAGGCUUGGAAGGUCGCGGCUCCGUCGAGUUCCUCGGGCGCUGGAAUGAGAAAGAUGACGACCGCGCGAUGCCCAUCAAGCAUGAAGCUGAGAGAAACAGAGAAACCAUGGUCCGCGUCGCCCUCGGCAAGCUCGUCGACGAGCUCGUGCAGACUAAUGCGUCGAGCGGCAUUCUCGCGAUCGGCAAUUGGAGGGAGUCACGCGGGGGCGAUCGUAACCGCGUUAUCGUGACGGUUUGGGGGUUUUCCUGGUCCGCCAGCCUGGACGAUGCGAGCUACCAGCGGCACGGUGAGGCCCAACUCGCGGCGGAAGAGGAGGAGAAGAAAGCUGAGAACGCAACCCGCUUCGCCGACUUCGAGGGCGUCGUCGACGAUAUGGGAGACGAAGACCAGAUUGCGGUCUACCGCGUCACGCUGCCGAGCCGAGGCCUCGACCCGGACAAGUGGGUCGGUCGCCCGCCGCCGCCCGCGCCGGAGGAGCUCUACACCGGCCCGCGGAGCGACGAGCUGGUGUGCACGGAGGAGAUCUCGGGCGAUUAUUCGGCCGCGUGUGCAUGUGUUCAUGGUUUGCCAGUGAGUUGCAACUCGAUGACCGUGGUGCCGCUCGGAGCCGACACAAUCGAGACGUGGCGUACGGGCUGUGUAUUUUUUCCUCCUUUUAUCGGGCCGACAGCGGAAGGCGCGGUCCGGACGCGCAACCCGGGCACCAAUGCAUUUCUCAACCCGCAGAACCCGGAUCCGAACAGUAAUUUAAUGACGUUCUCGGCCGACGGAACUGCCAAGUCAGGAUGUUGUUGUGGCUACAAAAAACGCCGGACGUCGCAGAAACGGGCCUUUCACAAGGUCGAGACGAGGGACCUCGCGGGCAAAUGGCGCGGCUGCGGUUGCAGUCUGUUCGUGCAGUUUUGGCCGUUUUCGUUCAUUUCCUGCACUACAAAGAAGGCGCUCGACCAGGACCGGUACGAGGUGUCGGAAAUUAGUUGUUGUCUGUGUUUGCCGUGCUCUGAUUCCGGAACGCGCACGCGGGUAUACGUGAACGGCCACCCGACGAAUGGUUUCGCUGAGGACGACGGCAGUGGUGUCCACUGGCAUCGCGGCCCCGGCUGCGCCGGCAGCUUCAAGGAUAUUUGCACAUUCAUUGCGAAGAAGGUCGGCUAGCACCUCGCACCCCGAGUUUUACUUCACCCUUAAGUUUAUGUCUUCGCGUAGGACGCCGCCGACGCAACAGAUACUACUACGACUCGUGGAGCUCUCUUCCGCGGCGGUGGAGAUCUCGCGGCGCGCAGCGCAUCAGAUCUGAUGGCGAUCCCCGCGCGCGGGUUCAGAGGGAUAAUAACGUGUCGAAAAAAGUUACUCUGGGGGAAGAGGAACAGAC